AUGGCGGUUUCUUCUACUCAUGCGCCUGUGAAAGUGGUUUAUAUCAAUACCCAGUACGUGGAAACCGAUCAAUUGAGCUUCAAAUCUGUGGUACAGAGCCUUACAGGUAAGAACUCUGCUGUUGCAUCGGUGGAAGAUCGUUCUUUUGCAGCCCAAAAGAGAAAAAAUUGUAGUGGCAGCAGAGGUAAAGGCGACGGUGUUUCAAUUUUGUCAAAAGAUUUGCGAACUGUGGACUUCGACAGAUUGUUGUUUGAGCUGCCUUCCAUGGAGGACUUGAAGUGGUAG